UCGCUUUCGUUUUCUAACAACUUUUAAUCAUGUCUGGACGUGGAAAGGGAGGAAAAGGACUUGGAAAGGGAGGUGCUAAACGGCAUCGUAAAGUUCUUCGUGACAACAUCCAGGGAAUCACAAAGCCAGCAAUUCGCCGUCUCGCUCGUCGUGGUGGAGUCAAACGUAUCUCUGGACUUAUCUACGAGGAAACUCGUGGAGUUCUGAAGGUCUUCCUUGAAAAUGUCAUUCGUGAUGCUGUCACUUACUGUGAGCACGCCAAAAGAAAGACUGUAACCGCGAUGGACGUUGUCUAUGCCUUGAAACGUCAAGGAAGAACUCUCUACGGAUUCGGUGGAUAAUUCACUCGGCUGAGCCGAGGUUACUGUAAAUAUAUAUCAUGAAAACCAGAUCACUCGCUUUGAAAUUCAAUAAAAUAUUAUCCGACUU